AUGACUCUAGCAGAUCUGCAAUACAAGUCACUAAUCAAGCCCGACAUUGAAGAAAAUCAUGUUCCUACUAUACCACCGGAAUCGACCUCAAGAAACAUAUUAGAUAAGUUUUCUUUGAAAAACAAGGUAUCCGUUAUUACUGGGGCAGCAGGGGAUAUAGGAGGUGCAAUUGCCGAAGGUUUUGCACAAGCUGGAAGUGAUAUUGUAAUUUUGGAUUAUAAGUUUAAUCCUGGCAUCAGCGAAAGAUUAUCUAAAACAUACGGUAUUAAAUCAAAAUCCUAUCAAGUUGAUGUUUCGAAAUGCGAAGAGGUCAAGGCUACAAUCAAGCAGAUUGAAGAAGAUUUCGGCACCAUUGACGUUUUCAUUGCCAAUGCGGGUAUCGCUUGGAAUAGAGGUUCAAUUCUAAACCAGGAUAGUACUCCAGAAGAAUGGGCAAGAGUUUACGAAGUCGAUGUUCAUGGGGUUUUUUACUGUGCCAAAUAUGCUGGAGAGAUUUUUAAAAAGAACGGGAAAGGAUCAUUCAUCAUCACUGCAUCAAUUUCGGCUCAUAUUGUAAAUGUGCCCAACUACCAGACUUGUUAUAAUUCUGCCAAAGCUGCAGUUUUACAUAUGGGUAAGUGUUUAGCGGUAGAAUUUGCAGGCUUCGCAAGAGUCAACACUGUUUCUCCUGGGUAUACAAAUACAUCAUUAUCUGACCCAGUUCCCACCCAUGAAAGGGCCAAAUGGUGGGGAUUAACUCCACUAGGUAGAGAAGCACUUCCCGAAGAAUUGGUUGGGGCUUACUUAUACCUAGCAAGCGAUGCUUCUUCCUUUACUACCGGAACUGAUAUUCGAGUAGAUGGGGGAUAUUGCGCUAUCUAG